AUGUCUGCAUUGAACAGUUUACCGUAUUUUCACGGUACGAUUGACACGUAGGCCAGUUUAGAGCGGGCAUUAAAAAAGGAUUCGUUCAGAAGAGAAUGUCGGGAGUUACUCCCCGAAAUGGGCGAUUUUUUAAUCAGAAAUCACAUCAAAGAAAUGGACAAAGACUCGACUGUGAGCUCCUGCGUGCUCACCACCGCCGUCACUCCGGAUCAAGCAUCUCGGGCGGACAAGAUGGUUCCGUCGGAUUACUCACUCAAAGUAUGCACUUCGACUUGGCACGUUAUCACUCAUUUCGAUGGUUCCAGAAAGAAUGCACAACUCGUCUCAAAUCGUUCGCAAUCACAGGAGACGCCGGAUCUUUCGCCCUUCAAGGCACUUCCGAAACCUUCCCGACCGUCCAAGCACUUUGCGAAUCUUUCAUUGAGAACAAGAAAGAUCUCCCAAGCGUUUGCCUCUUCCAUGAGAACACGUGAAAACAGUUCAUUUUUAGGGAGGUGUUCUCAAGAAGGGAAUUCCCCGAAUGUCAUGGCAGCUGCUUCUCGGUGACCUACAGUUUCCGGCUUCGGAAGACGUUCUGGGAAACGGAUCGUACGGAAAGGUAAUCAAGGCGAAACUUAUGAAGAAGGACGGAGAUCCGGUGGACGUGGCAGUUAAAAGCACGGUCGAAGGGAAUGGAGAUGAGAGCGUUUGUUGAAAAGUGCUCGAGAAAGAACGAGAGUAUGCUUUCAGAUCACGGAGAUGUACAAGGAAGCGAGAGCUAUGCGACGGCUGAUCCAUCCGAAUAUCAUACGUCUCGAAGGAGUGGUCGUCGAGAAGCUUCCUAUUCUUCUGGUCAUCGAGUUCUUCGACGGGAGCUGUCUGCUCGGAGCACUUCAGAAGAAGAAGGUGACGGACGUGAUGCGAUUUCCGGUGAUCUGUGGAAUCAUGUACGGAUUACUGUACAUUCACAGUCAAACCUAUAUUCACCGGGACAUUGCCGCUCGAAAUGUCAUGGUUUCUGCCGAUUUCCGUAACGUGAAGAUCAUCGAUUUCGGGUUGGCAAAGCAUGGAACGAGAUUUAUUGUGAGAGAAUUCGAUUCAGAAAUCUUCAAUGUGUGACUGUUGCAGCUCAGUGCCACCCAGAAGAUUCCGGUGAAGUGGCUGGCUCCAGAAGUGCUCCAGACGUGGACAUUCUCCACAAAAAGUGACGUCUGGGCGUUCGCAGUGACCUGCUGGGAAGUCUAUCACGAUGGCGCCGAGCCGUAUUCUAACGUCAAGAACGUCAAAUUAAAGGAUAACCUGAAGAACAGAAAGGGAGAAAUGGGGCAGGAUACACUGCAGAUCACAGAGAACUUGGAGCAUGUGCCGAAAGGAUUCGACGCAAUCUACGGGACAAUGUUCUGCAAGAAUACAAGGGACCGCGCUGAAAUGUCGUGGGUGGCGACGGAAAUGGAGAAAAUCUUUCCGAACCUGCCGAAGCCAGUGUUCGAGGAAGUGCGCUUACAUCUGGAAGUGAGUAGCCGAUGGAUUCUUCACACUGAUUUCGUUUCCUUUCUCAGAGGCGUCCUCCGAUCGUCUCCAAGCUGGCGUCGCCUUCAAAUGCAUCGCACUCAAAAAACUUGAAAAAGCCGUUGACUCCUACGGGUCCGAAAGAAAUUCCAGCGAAGAAUCUGAAGACGACGACGAGAAGAAGAAAAAAGAAGCCGAGCGGGGAGGGAGGAGCGAAGGAUCCAAAAGUGGUGACAUUGCGUCGAAAGAAGAAAGGAUGA